GCAAAAGAUAUAAGGGCUCUCUCUGGACGCUGAGCGCUGCAGCGGCGAAGUGACCAUCUCGAAGAGCGGCCACUGUGGGAAGAAGAACGCCAAGGCGGUCAUCCUGAUCCACCCACUCCUGAUCACCGACAGCAAGUGCUGUCUGUUCCCGCUGCACCCUAGGCCCUCGCCACCCAGAGCCCAGAUGGAAAGUGUGCGUGAGCUGAUCCCUCUGGCCAAAGAGGCGAUGGCGCAGAAGCCGCGAGGGAAGCUGGUGAAGCUGUACGUUCUGGGCAGCGUGCUGGCACUGUUCAGUGUGGUGCUCGGCCUGAUGGAGACAGUGUGUAGCCCUUUCACAGCUGCCAGCCAUCUGCGCGACCAGGAGGCUGCAGUGGCCGAGCUGCGGGGCGCUUGUGAGCAACAGUCCCUCCACAAGCAAGCCCUGAUGGGCAGAGGCAAGGCACAGGAGGCGACCCUGUGCAACCGGGCCCUGUCCCUCAGGCAGCAUGCUUCCUAAGGCGGGGACUGGCAGAGGAGGGAGGGAGACAAAGACAGAGACAUAGAGAAAUCAUGACUCCCGGUGGAAGACAGCAGAGUCAGGUGCUGUUCCGAGGAGAAGCCACCGAAUCCAGAACGGACCCUGCACAGAUCACCCAAGGAGUCUGGGAUUGACUUUUGCUGCUAUGCAGCAUGCACUGUGAUUUGUCCAAGGCUGUGGGAGCGACCGAGGAGCUAUCCAUCACUUUGCAUUAGAGAAGGAGAUGUGCUUUUUAUACUGUUGUUUUUAUUGUUAUUUUUUUAUUACUACAAUGGCUACCUUUUUUCCAUUUUGAAAUAAAAACAUUUUAUACUCUA